AUGCGUGCACAAAUUCGGGCGUUGACAAAUCAGCUCGCCAAGAUUCAGGCUGCCCCAGCAGCAGAACCUACAAUUGAGCAAAAGUUCAACAAGAAAGUCAAGAUCAUUGCUGACCCCGGCGCUUUCGAAGGGGAUAGGGCUCAAUUUGCUGAAUGGUGGAUCAAGCUCCAGAUUUGGAUCAAGGCAAAUUGGGACACAUUUGCUGAUGAUUUUGAGAUAGCGACUGCCGUACUAUCUGGACUGAAAGGACCUGUGGCAGGUCAAUAUGCCCAAGUAAGACUGCAGAAGUGCUACACAGCGGGAGUGUGGCCCACCCGGGACGAUCUCAAGAUAGAGAUCAAAAAAUAUUUCAAACCGCAAGCUGAGCGUGACUGGGUGCGUCAGCAAAUCCGUUCCUUCAAGCAAGACAGCAUGAGGACGGAUGACUAUGUCACCCAGUUCCUGGCUCUCUCUAUACAAGGAGGGCUUGGAAAUGAACAUGCAGUAGAGCUGCUAGAGCAAUGUGAACCCACACAUUGCCAAACAGAUCUAUCUGCAGGAUACACAAAGCAACAACUGGCCCUGGCAGCUGAGGAAGUCCGACGAGUCAGUAGAGCCAUGGAGCUCUAUGCUAUGCACCAAGGUGGCGGGCCCACUACCAAAAACAACCAAUCCCAGAGGCGCCCUUGGUCAUCAAACCACCAUAAUCACUUUCACGGGUUCAAGCCGUUCGGGCUGCAGCCAGGACAGGGUGCUCCUAUGGAUAUCGGCGCGGUCCAAGGCGGACAGAUAAAUGGGGUGCAGGCUGCCCAACACAAAAAUAACCAAGGGCACCAGGCGCACCAAUUAAAAAUGGAAAAACCGGAUGAUUGGCUUAAUACUCUGGCUGGUCGUUCAUACGACGAGAUCCGGGCCUUCUUUUACGACCAGCAGGUUGCUGAGAUGAAGGCUCAGGGAAAAGAGUUUGGAGCUUAG